AAAAAACAAGGGACUCUAAGGACGUGUAUGUAAAUUCCCACGAGAAGAUAUCGUAAACAUCAAGAACACCCAAAACCACAAACAUAGAAAAAAAAAAAAAACACACACACACCCCCACACCCACCUACCUAGAAGAAAAAAAAAAAACAACAAACACAGACACUGAAACACAAUAGUUUUGCCGCCAAAAUCCGAAAAACAUGUUAUCAAUAUCCCAACACCCAUUAAUCACCCUUUCUAAAUUAAAAACCCAAGAUUUCAAAUUCUUAUUAUCAAAACCCCGUCUUCAUAAUCAUCAAAAAUAUCCCAACAAGAUUACGUACAACACUUAUGGCUAUAGAGACAGAUACAGAUAUAAUUCUUGUUUUUGUUCAAAGCUGGAUAUGGUUUCUUUUAGUUCAAGUGAAGAAGAAUUCGAUAUGGAAUUGGGCCGAUUAUUGCGAUUAUUACCGGAGGAAAUGCGGCGAAAGGUUACCGAACAUGAAGAGCUUCAUCAAUUGAUUGAAGUUGUUAUGGAUUUGGGUCGAAAACCAUUGGCUCGGUUUCCGUCUGGUGAUUUCGUGUUAUCGGAUCAUUUGAUCACUGUGGAUGAUCUUGAACAUGCUACUUCUUUGGUAGGUGAUUUUGCUAUUGAUAAUCGAGCUGGGAUUAGUAGAACUUUGCAUCGAAUUAGUGCUAUUAGAAACCGCAAAGGUGCUGUUAUUGGGCUAACAUGUCGUGUUGGCCGAGCUGUCUCUGGAAGUGCUAAGUUAUUGCAGGAUUUGGUUAAAGAUGGAUCUUCAUUAUUGCUAAUUGGACCUCCAGGAGUUGGGAAAACUACCAUUAUCAGGGACAUAGCUCGAAUGCUUGCAAAUGAAUAUAACAAACGUGUCAUGAUUGUUGACACCUCAAAUGAAAUUGGCGGAGAUGGUGAUAUACCUCAUGCAGGUAUAGGUAAUGCUCGUCGGAUGCAAGUUCCUGAUUCUGACAUGCAACAUAAGGUAUUGAUAGAAGCAGUUGAAAAUCAUAUGCCUCAAGUCAUUGUAAUAGAUGAAAUUGGCACAAAACUUGAAGCAGCAGCUGCAAGCACUAUUGCACAACGUGGGAUUCAGUUAGUUGCCACUGCUCAUGGUAUUACAAUAGAGAAUUUGGUGCAGAAUCCUUCAUUGGAGAUGCUUGUUGGAGGAAUACAGAGUGUGACACUUGGAGAUGAAGAAGCAAAUCGAAGAGGUGUACAGAAAUCAGUGCUGGAGAGAAAAGGUCCUUCUACCUUUGAUUGUGCUGUGGAGAUCAUUUCUAGGCUCGAGUUGAGAGUUCAUAGUAGUCUUGAAGCAACAGUUGAUGCCAUUCUUUCUGGUCGUUCCCCAAGAUAUCAAAUUUGCAAGUUAAAUGAGGGAGUGAUAGAUGAUCCCUUACAAAGUGAUUCAAUUGCAUAUGAUUCAUUUGUCAAGAAGAGUGUGGAUACGAUCGAAGGCACAACAUGGAACAAUGAAAAGCUUACACCUGACAGAAAAAUCUCAAAGGAAUCUCAAAGUGAGAUAGAGAAUUCUUAUGAUAAACCACCGCUGUGUUUAUUUCUCUAUGGGGUUUCAGAGACAAGUGCAAGACAUGUAUUCAACCACUUAAAGAUGGACUCUGCUGUUGAAUAUACAGAGAAUAUUAGCGAAGCAGAUGCAAUACUUGCACUACUGUCCAAAAUAAAGAAAAAUUCUCGGAUUCAGGCUGCUGCUCACUCUAAUGACAUACCUAUAUAUGUCACAAAAACAAGCUCGAUGACUCAGUUGACAAAGGCCAUAGAGGCAUUAUUGACGGAUUAUGAUAAUGAUUUUGAAGAUAUCGAAGAUGAAUAUUCUCAGAUAAAUGAAUCAGAGAAGGCUGAUGCUUUGGAGGAAGCCAGGAUUGCCAUUGAACAGGUUGUUAUCCCGAAAGGAGAACCUGUAGAAUUACUUCCAAGGCCAUCCAAUGUUAUGCUUCUUCAGAAGGAACUAAUUCGUAAAUAUAAGCUACAAGCACAAAAAGUUGGUUCCGAGGCGGAUGUAAGGCUUCGUAUCCUACCAUUUCAAGGUCUUACAGAAGAAAAAGAUCACGAUGAUGAUGUCGAUGAUGAUGAGUUUAGUGAGUUGUCUGAAACAAAUGGCUCGCCCUACCCAGUGAAUAGAUUGCCCCUUCUGCCUAACUAGGUAACCCCUUAUGUAAAAAAAAGCUUACGUAUGGGACAACCUUAUAUUCACUUUUGCACAUAUAUAUAUAUAUAUAUAUACACUAAAAUAUUACUCUGUGAUCUCUCUGUAUAUUACUAAUGCACAUAUAUCAAGUUGUUACCAUAUCUGUAUAGUUCAUAUGGUACAUUUA